CUAUUGAAGACCUCACAGAAACGCAAACGGUUUGCGGCCCCUCGAAUUCUCAUCGUUUCUCUCUCUCUAUCGAAUUUUGUUUCCUUUCGCUCUCUGCCCUUGCUUGCAAGUUUAUUUUAGGGAUUCUUCCGGUUUCGUUCUCCGCCGCUAAUUCUUUUCAUCGGGUUUGGUUGAAGAAGGUAAAAAGUAAAGGAUUUCUCGGUGUUAACUGUUGCGCCGGAUUUUAACAUUUGUAUUCAUUGCGAAUGAUUUAAUGGAGUCAAAAGGUGGUAAGAAGAAGUCUAGUAGUAGUAGUAGUAGUAGUAGUAAAUCCCUGUUCUACGAAGCUCCCCUCGGAUACAGCAUUGAAGACGUUAGACCACACGGUGGAAUCAAGAAGUUCAGAUCUGCUGCCUACUCCAACUGCGUUCGUAAGCCAUCCUGAGUUUUGCUGAAUCCCGUUUGACCUGCGCCCCGAGAUCCUUAGUUUUCUAUUAUUUUUGCUGUGUCUUUUUUCUUUAGUACUCUCUACUUUCCUCGUUCUCUCGUUCAAUCUCUCAACAUUAUUACCUUCCUUUUAAGAAAAGAUGACGUUUCCAACCUCUGCAAUCGGAUUUGAAGGCUAUGAAAAGAGGCUUGAAGUAUCAUUCUUUGAGCCUGGCAUUUUUGCCGACCCAAGGGGCAUGGGCCUUCGUGCUUUGUCCAAGGCACAACUAGAUGAAAUUCUGACAUUAGCUGAGUGUACCAUUGUUGACUCUUUGUCCAAUGACUAUCUUGAUUCAUAUGUCCUUUCGGAGUCGAGCCUCUUUGUAUACCCAUACAAGUUCAUCAUCAAAACUUGCGGCACUACUAAGCUGCUUCUGUCUAUUCCGGCUCUGAUAAAGUUGGCUGAUUCCCUAUCCCUUCAUGUGAAAUCUGUGAGGUACACUCGUGGGAGCUUUAUCUUUCCUGGUGCCCAGUCUUUUCCCCAUCGCAGCUUCUCUGAGGAAGUUGGUGUGCUUGAUGGCUAUUUGACCAAGCUUGGCCUCCGUGGCUCUGCAUAUGUGAUGGGAAGUCCUGAUGAGACAAGGAAAUGGCACGUUUACUCUGCCUGUGCCAAAAUGGGUAGCCGAAGCAACAAUCCUCCCGUCUAUACUCUGGAGAUGUGCAUGACUGGCUUAGACAAGGAGAAGGCGUCUGUCUUCUUCAAAACAGACACAAGUUCUGCUGCUACAAUGACUGAAAACUCCGGUAUCAGGAAGAUCCUUCCGAAAUCUGAAAUAUGUGACUUCGAGUUCGACCCAUGUGGGUAUUCCAUGAAUGCCAUUGAAGGAGAUGCAGAGUCUACCAUCCAUGUAACUCCAGAAGAAGGGUUUAGCUAUGCAAGCUUUGAAGCAGCAGGUUAUGAAUUGGACGACGUGGACCUGUGUAAGCUGAUUGGGAGGGUGCUGGCAUGCUUCCAGCCAUCUGAUUUCUCUGUUGCCCUCCACUCAGAUGUCGUGGGUGAGAAUCUGAAAGAUUUACUGUGCCUGGAUCUGAAGGGGUACGAGGGUGGAGAGAAGAGCUGUGAAAUGCUCGAGGAAAAUGGAUCCGUCAUCUAUCAGAGCUUUAAGAAUAGAGGAGAUUAUGCGUCAUCUCCAAGGUCAAUCCUCAUGAAAUGCUGUUGGAGAGAGGACGAGGCGGACGAGGAAGUUGGGAAGUAGUAGUAGUAGUAGUUACGUUGUUUCAACUUUUGCUGCGUUUUAUCUUUUAAUUACUAUAGUAUCUUCGGGGUAGUCGUGUUCUGUUCUGUUGUGCUCUGUUCUGUUGUUUCCUUUUGCGAAUAAUAAUAAUUCCCAGGUGGGGAUUGUGUAGGCUGUCGUCGUGUCCUGGAGAGUCUACUUAUGUCAUUAUGAUCAUCAAACUAUAUAAUGAUAAUAUCGUAUUUCCUUAUUUUA